AUGGCUGCACCCAGUCUAGAUAUAUGGGAAGAUUCUUCGGUUGACGAAUCUGUUGAAGGGUGGAAGACAUUUGUUAAAAGGGCCAAGUGCAUGACCAAACAUUUCCCACCCAAUCAUAGAUUUACUAUUCUUCCUGGUGUCAAGAUUCGAGGCAUGCCAUCCUUGAAAAAUAAGAGGAAGAAGAAGAUGGUGCAAAAGAAAGUUCAAAUCCCUCAGGAAGAUGAAUAUGAGCAACCCUCAAUGGUUCCUGUCACACUCAUUGAGUUUUUUCCAGUUGAAUUCUUCUCGAGUGAAUCUGAAGUUUAG